AUGACCUUCUCUUGUGUUUUCUCAGCACCACGUUCCUCUGCUGCUCGUGAGGCAGCUGAUAGAGCUGCCAUGCCUCCCCCCCGUUUUCUGCCAGCCCGAUUCGGGAAGAAUGUUCUUGCUGCCGUGGCUACCUCUGGCCCUGUUGAUCAGUCGCCACCAGAUUCCAUGGAGAUGGAGGAUGAUCCCAUGGAUCUGGUGGAUGAGGUAGAAGAACUUGGAGUUCUUCUAUCUCAGAUUGAUCUGAACGAUGAUUCAAUGGAGGAUGUUGUCUUCGGACACAUCUGGUGA